GGCAACUGGCAACUGAACAAGAUCAUUCGUCUGUUCAGCAUCGAAGCGAACACACGCGCGGUACCUGAGACUCUCUAGAAAAGAGGAGAAGGAAAUUUUCAAUAAACGGCGAAAGAUUGCUAAGUCAACUACAAAACAAAAAAUGUACGAGUAAAAGUACCAAUAGGCGCUUGUCGUUUUUCGUUGUUGAAUAGAGAAAGAAUUUAAUUUUCUUUCUAAAUAAUUGCAUUAAGCGUAAAAGAUCUGUGAUCGUAUUAAAAAAAAAAAAUAAAUACAAAAAAGUAAAAAUUAUAAAGAAAUAUUAAACAAAUAAGUAACGAAGCAUAACACAGCAACAACAAAAAAGCAACAAAAUGAUUUCUCACAGUCCACCAAUAUUCAGUCAUAGUCCACCCGUUAGUUUUCUAUCGGACUACAUGAAUAAUCAUCGUCAAUCGCUAAAUUACAAUGACGAACCAAACAGAACGUCACGCUAUUGUCGACCACAGGUAAUCACUCUUGCCUCUAAGGCCAUGGUUAAUAAUGCAGCUAAUGUAACGGCUGCUGCUACGCGCCGUUCUGCACCAAAUCGCAACAAUUUCAAUGGCAACAGUUUUCUGGAGCGCAUGCUCUCAGCACCUAUCAUACCCACACAGCCCAAAUCUUGCCUUAGCCGUAAGUCCUGCCUACAUAAAAACAACACAGUGUUAAAUGGAAUGGCCACAACAGCGCAUACGCCUGCAACAUCCGGUGACAGCGAUAACAAAAGCGCCGGCGAACAAAGUCGAUCCCGUAAAAAGGUGAUCUUUGCUGAUGACGAAGGACUUUCAUUAACGGAAGUACGCGUUAUGUCCGAGCCAUCAAAUGUGCCACCAUAUUGGAGUAUGAAAUUCUUAGAACAAAUUACUCAAGGCUUAGUUAGCCCACAUCCAGCGGAUCAAUGGACGGUGGACUUUAAGCAACCUGCAUCUGAUUAUUUGACAUUUAGACAAAAAAUUGACAGUAACUUCGUUUCUUUGGAGAAUGUUAUCGUGAAAGAUGAGGAGUCAAUUGUCGUAGGCACUGUUAAAGUGAAAAAUAUUGGCUUUGAAAAGGAAGUAAUCGUUCGUGUAACGUGGGACGAUUGGAAAAGUCAGCAGGAUAUAUUUUGUACAUUUGCACGGGCUUAUGGUCCAUCCACUUGCGCUCAUGUAGUUUUUGAUACUUUUGCUUUUAAAAUUACCUUACCCCCUUCAUCCAAACGACUUGAAUUUUGCAUUUGUUUCCGUGCUAAAGAUAAGGAAUACUGGGAUAACAAUGAUGUAAGUAAAAGAUAUAUAUUUACAUUAUAUAUUUUUUUUAAUAAAAUAUUAAUCUUUUUACAGGGUACAAACUACACCAUAACUAAACGUUCUCCUUUCUACUACAAUGCACUUUCUCCAUACGAUAAAAAUCCUACACGUAAUAGUUCCCAAAGUAAUAUUAUGUCAACUUUAAGCGAAGCGCUUGCUAACAGUCCCGAAAAACAAACAACAAAGAAUGAAUGGCCACAAGAACCUAGUCCUUAUUGGUAGAUGAACGGACUGGAGUGAAGAAUAAUUGGUUAAACAAUAGAAACAAAAUUGGUAGAAAUGACUUCGGUCAGCAAACGUUGAGGAUUCAAAAAUAUCUAAGCAAAAAAAUUUGCCUACUAAAGAACGCAGAGACCCGAUAAUGCCAUAAGAAUAGAAAAAAAUAAAGAAAAAGGAUUUAUUAGGCAACUAUGUAUAUUAAAACUUUAAAAAUCCUUAAGUAAUGGAUGAAUGCCAUUUAAUUUGUUAUAAUGUGGCCUAUUUAACUGCUAACUAUAUAGGAUUAAGUAAGCUCUUUAUAACUAAGCAGUUUUAAUGGUUUGCAUUCAUACAAAUGCCAUAAAAAUAUUUAAAUAUUUUAUGUUUUCUGUUAAUGACUUUAUAAAUGUUCUAAAUGUUUGUGUUUGUUUUUGUACAAUUGAUUUAUGAGAACUACUUGCAAACUGCAAGAUCUGCAGAAACUAAAGAUUUUUUAUCCUAUAUUAUAAUUUCCUUUCUACUAUUACUUUAGGCUAUCUAUAUUCAUUAGAAGAGAAGAAUUUGCUUUGCAUAUUAAAUACCACUAAGUCAAGCAAUCAAAUCACUUUGCUUCGAAUCGCUUGUUCGAUUUUAUUGCUAUUUAAUUUUAAAUUGUAGCCUUUUAAUUAGUUUUAAUUUGAUAUUUGAUAUACUUGAAAUGUGUAUGUCCUUUCAAACUAUGAACUUCGUAAUCCUUUUGUAUGAGUUUUUAUGAUGGUCGACAAAAAAUUUGUGGCCAUUUUAUUUGUUAAGUUUGUGACCAUGUGCCUUACUAUUUUACUAUUUAAGUGUGACUACAGAGAUGUUUUUUU